CCCUUUUGCCUUUUACGUCUUGGUGUAACUAGAGACGCUAAACACAGAGGGGUGAGAGGUCACGAGUCUUAAGGGCGGGCUGCCUGGCCGUCAACAGUACGUUAAGGGACGUUUUGGCGGUCCUGGUGUGUGUUUACCCCCGCCUUUUGUCUCCCUUAUUGUCCGAUUGAAUGUAGCCCGUUGCCAUGCGGGUUUAGAACCGGUAUUCAGGACUCCGCCUUCUAGGGUGACACACAACAACCUCCGGGGGGGGUGGACCGCCCGAAAUCCCCGAUGUCAAGGCAAAAAUGGGGAUCCUAAUGUCUCCCGAACGCCUUGAAGACAACCAACUGCGGGUUAGUUUUGUGACCUGCCAGGUGUUGGCCCUGCUCCUCUCGCUCGUGUUCCGUUAUGUCCUGAGCGCGGGGAGGGUGGGCGUCACGGCGCGACACGUGUUCGCGGUGGCGGUCGGCAUGUACAUGGCAUACUUCUGCCACAGGUGGCAAGUCAUCCACUUUUUUAUCCAGUCUACAGUAUGUUACGUCAUCAUUCUCAGCUCCAAACCCAGCAACAUGCACAAAUAUGUCUUCAUCUUCUCCAUGCUGUACUUGACCUUGUGUCACAUCUACAGAACAUACUACAACUUCGGCACCUACACACUGGACUUCACAGGCCCCCUGAUGAUCAUGACCCAGAAGGUCACCAGUCUGAGCUGUGCCCUUCAUGACGGUCUGUAUCGUGAUGACAGCAGUCUGUCAGCCGACCAACGCAAACAAGCUGUCCGGCGUAUCCCUAGUCCCCUGGAGUAUUACAGCUACAUGUUCUACUUUGUGGGUGUUCUGGCGGGUCCGCUGACUUACUACGCAGACUUCAAGUCCUGGAUGGAGGGGACUAACCUCAAACCUCUCAUCAAGAUAGAUCAACAAGUCAGUGACUCUCUUAAUGAUUUAUCAUCAUGUAAAUCUAUAUUCAGUUGUUUUGUACUUUUCAAUUUUUACCCUCGUUUUCUAUAUAUUUUUCACCUUUUUACACCAACAGAUGACCUGAUCAUUGCUGCACCUUUGCUGACCAGGUUUGGUUAUUUACAUCUCAGCAUCAUGAUGGCUCGAACCAAGUACUACUUUGCCUGGUCACUGGCGGAUGCAGUCGCUAACGCAGCGGGGUUAGGAUUCAACGGGUACGACGAAAACGGGAAUCCUCGCUGGGACCUCAUCUCUAACCUUAACAUCUUAAAGAUUGAGUUUGCCACCAAUCUGAAGAUGUUGAUUGACAACUGGAACAUCCAAACUUCCCUGUGGUUCAAGAGGGUGUGUUACGACCGUGCGCCGUACCAGCCUGUGAUGAUGGUGUACAUUCUGUCAGCGAUCUGGCACGGCUUCUACCCAGGGUACUACUUCACCUUCAUCGGAGGUGUCGUCUUAACUCCUGCCUUCAGGAAGAUGCGGCGUCACCUGAGACACCAUUUCCAGGGCACGGCACGGCUACGUCAGCUGUACGACGUCAUAACCUUCAUGUCUACUCACUUCUUCCUGAACUACCACGUGUUGCCCUUCGUUCUACUGGACUGGGAACCCACCAUGAAAUUCUACAGAUCACUGUACUUCUCCAUACACAUCAUUGUUCUAUUGGUGGUCGUCCUUCUACCACACCACAAGCCGCAGUUACAUGACGAGGCAGCAAAGACCAAUGGGACGACACCUGUACAAACAGACGUGAACGGCAAGGUCAGAGUUCACACAGAGCGCAAUGGGAUCAAAACAAACAACAACAGGUCAGAGAACAGAACAGGACGACAUCAGGUCCAAAAUGGCACAAUCGUAGAUGGUAAACAGAGUUUCAGCCUCAAAGAGCGAAUAACAAAUGGUAUGAAAGGAUGGAGUCACAACGGUGUGAGGUUUGCACUGAAUUUUGUUGAAAAGAAAGAGAGCUGAGAGAUUUUAAAAGAACUCACUUCAUUUUCUGUCACUUAGAUUAUCUGACCAUGCUUACAUUUACAAGUAAUAACUACAUAUACUGGUACCUCUUCCAAAGACUAAUCUCCAAGCAGAUACAAGGAUCCCAGACAGCCUCCUGUUAAAAAGACACACUAAAGACUGAGCCAUGGUUCCUUAUAUCUGCUUGGAGAUUAUGCAAAGACCACUGCGAUAUGCAUGAUUGUGUAUACUGGUACAUGUAUAAGGUAUACAUUAUGUAGAAGAUUUAUACAGCUAUUACUAGUACCAUAUACAAUCAUUUAACAGAUAUGGAGAAAAAUCAAAUUGUUCCUAUGGGAUUUUACUGGUUUGAAAGCAAACAUAAAAGACUUAGUGCCACAAAAAAAGGAACAGGAAUGUAGAGAUAUUAUAAUUAGACUGAGUCUUUUUUUUAUCUCUGUCUAUAUAUUUUUGUACUUAAUGUUGAAUUUAUAUGCCUGAAAAUGUCAAAAUUCAUAGAAGUUGAGAAUAUUCUGAAAUGGUUUUUGAAAGUGAUUUAGAUUGUGGAAUAUCCUUCUUUAGUUUCUUUACUCUGAAUUGUCUGGAAGAUGGAAACUGUAGAUUUUGGCAAAAUAUAACUUUACAGAGGGUCUGAGCAGUACUGCCACCUGGCAUAUAGUAUGUGAACUGCAGUCCAAAUUUCUCAAUGCACAGCCAAAUCAGUUU